CCGCCCUCCGCCCCUCAGCCAAUCCGAAGCGGUCCUCGGGAGCGGAAGUUCGGGCGCUCGGCGGGGAGGCGGCGGAAGUGGUCCCCGCUGGUCCGUGCGCACGCGCCGUCCGCCUUCCGGGCCGCUGUGCGCGCGUCUCUGUGUGUGUGCGUGUGUGUGUGUGCGCGUGUGCGCGCGCGUGUGUGUGGCGGCUCCGGUCUCUUCCCCCCGGGUGCGGCGGGAGGCUCGGGCCGCCCGCGCGGCCGCAGCCCGGUCCCUUCCGCCGCCCUCUCACGAUGGCGGGCAUCCUGUUUGAGGACAUCUUCGACGUGAAGGACAUCGACCCGGAGGGGAAGAAGUUUGACCGUGUAUCUCGACUACAUUGUGAGAGUGAAUCUUUCAAGAUGGACCUCAUCUUGGAUGUAAACAUUCAGAUUUACCCUGUAGACUUGGGCGACAAGUUCCGAUUGGUUAUAGCUAGUACCUUAUAUGAAGAUGGUACCCUGGAUGAUGGUGAAUACAACCCUACAGAUGACAGACCUUCCAGGGCUGACCAGUUUGAAUACGUCAUGUAUGGGAAAGUGUACCGGAUUGAGGGAGACGAAACGUCUACGGAAGCAGCAACACGCCUCUCUGCCUACGUGUCCUACGGGGGCCUGCUCAUGAGGCUGCAGGGGGACGCAAACAACCUGCACGGGUUCGAGGUGGACUCCAGAGUUUACCUGCUGAUGAAGAAGCUGGCCUUCUGAGCUUCCCGGGAAGCCGGCCGCCCGCCCGCCCGCCCGCCGCGCCGCCGGCGUGGGUC